AUGGAUGCCAAUUGGCGCCUCAUUAAGUCUUUACACGAUGUCGCGCAGGUUCCUGUACCAUCAGAUAUCGCUCAGGAGACCGCGUACGGUUUGACUGAUCUGACAAAACCCGAAAUCUUCGCUACGGCGUGUUCUCUUCUGGGCUCGCGGAUUCCGUUCAACGUUGCAAUAGUCCGCCAUUCCCACGAGCUCCUUCGCACCUUGCAGAAGGCUUUCCAGCCAACUUUCGUCCCUCGGGAAGCUUUACUCGCGCCGACACAUUCGUGGGACAUCGCCAAACAGGUCGCUUCCAUGGGAUCAGCUAAGGGCUGGGCUUACCAGCCGGCUAGGAAACCUGGCAAGGAUGGAAAGACUACGCGUGCGAUCAGCAUGGACGAGGUCCGCCAGACUAUGCUGCAUGACAUCAAACCUGUGCCUAUCAACCUGCUCGACGUGUGCAAUCAAUCCUCUCACACGUUCAGACCUGCUGCCAUCGCAGAGGUCGAUUUGGUCGUGCUUAUAAAGUCAAGGUACGAGGCUGGAACUUGGACACGAAGCGAUUAUCCGCAAAUCACAUCGUACGAUUGGAUGCUACUUACCGCGGGCCCAGUUGCGUCGCCCUUCCACGCCGAUCAAGCGGGUUACUGUACAGCUGUUGUCGGACUUCAGGGCGAGAAGUGUUGGUAUUUUCCAAAUGGGGACUGGGAGUUUUGUCGAAAGAUGUUCUAUCUCCAUGGGACGGCAUUUGUGAAUUAUCCCGACGGCAUAUCUGUCGUAGCUAUCGGCGAGGGUGACUGCCUCAUACAGGGACCCGGUACUCCACACGCAGUCGUCACGCAAGGAAAGUGUCUCGCCACCGGCUGUUUCUUCUACACUGCCGCCUUUUUCGCCCGCAGCAUCAAGUGCGUCAGGCUGUACUUCGAAGGUCGGCUUGACGACAAUGAAGUCAUCUCGAAGCGGGACUACGCCAACCUUGGCCUGGUAGUUGACCAUCUCGAUCGCGACAUCUUCACGCCCGCUCAACGAGCCGAGGUGUAUGUAGAAGUCGGCUCUCUGUUACUGUCACAACAGAAAAUUGCGAGAGAUGUGUACGGCCAGAUGGGCCGCGUUAACCCAGAUGGGACAAGUGCAAACGCCACAGCUCCGAAGCGUGGUAAGAGAGCGAAAGGAACAGCUCCUCAAGCGACAUCCUCGACCUGCGGGAACAGCACAAUGACCCCUCGAGACCGAUUUGUUGAGAGGUGUCUGGCAUGGUGGCUUCAAGAGCAUAGUCGUCAUCUGGGUUGA